AUGUUUCUCUCCUUUAUACCAAUCCUCUCUAUUGUGCUCCUAGCCUUUGUGCUCAGAGCUUUGUUCAACUAUCACCGUGGCCCGCUUUCACGCCUCCCUGGACCAUGGUACACCCACUUCACUGGUCUUCCACUGCUAUAUACCAGGGCAGUCGGAACCAGCCGUCAGCAUCUUCGCCAUCUUCACAAGGUUCACGGUCCAGUAGUCAGAGUUGGACCCAAGGAAGUUUCCAUUAACAGCGUCGAUGGCUACUACAAAGUGCACGGCGUGGGUAGCCAUUGCCUGAAAGCACCCGUCUUUGACCAUAUCCGCUUCAGCCACUCAUCUAUGCUCUUCACCAUGCGAGAUCCUCGUAUUCACUCUGAACGCAAACGGAUCAUUGGUAGGGGUUUUGCAUCAAUAAAGGAAGAACAGGAAGUGAAGAUUCAGCGACUGGCUAGUCAGGCAGUAGCCAAUAUCAAGAACGAGGCCGAGAAAGGCCAGGCCGAUGUCUACAAAUGGUGGCGCUGCCUGGCUGUCGAUGUCGUCAGUGAGAUGUCUUUCGGCAAAUCCUUCAACUUGUUACAUUCCGGUGGGAAAGGUCUGCCCCUCUAUACGGCUUUGAGUAAUGCUGGUCCUUCUGUUGUCUUCCAAGCAGUACUCCCCCGCAGGCUCAUAUCUCUGUUCAAGUGGUCUCCUAUUGCCUGGCUUAGAGAUGUUGGUCAAGUCACUGAAACCAUCUUCAACCGUGUAACAUCAGCACUCGGAGAACUACGAGUUUCAUCAAAUUGCGGCCCAAGUAUCGUCCGUCACUUGUUGAAUCAAGAGGUGAAAGGCAAGAAGCCCAGCCUGAACGACGAUGAGUUGAGCUCUGAGGUGAGUAUGCUUCUUGUUGCCGGCUCGGAUAGUACGGCUACUACUUUGACAUAUGCUACGUGGGAGAUUGUCAGAGACCCAGACCUCCGGAAACAGAUCGAGGAGGAGGUCAGUAGCCUGCCUACUAACUUCACCGCCAAGGAUGUUGAGGGUUUGCCCCUCUUGAACAGUGUCUUGGAAGAGGUCCUUAGGAUGUAUAAUCCUGCAGCCGCACUCGUUGAGAGACUUGUACCACCAAAUGGAAUUUCUGUUCAUGACUGGGAUAUCCCUGGAGGCAUAAUGGUCUACACGACUGGGUGGCUCAUUUCCCGCCUUGAAGAUGUUUUUUCUGAGCCCGAUAGGUAUGUAAUUUCUUUCCAGGGAUAG